ACGGUGUUCCCAGCCUGCCCCGCGGCGGAAUGGCGGCGGAAAGUCGGAGAAAAGAGAAAAAGGCUUUCUCCACCUGAGUCCAGUCAGCUGCUGAGUGUGCUAUCGAGUUUCACAUGGCUCUGUGAAUUUGCCUUGAACAGAAUGCUGUGCUCAGAGAUCAGUCCUUUGGAAUACUCACCUGAGACAUCUAUAAAGUUAGUCUAACUGUGGCUUCAGUACCUCACCAAGGGAAUCUCAUCGUCGCUGGCUUCUACGUACAACAGAGCUUCAACUUUCAUAGAGUCAGAGAUUCAAGGAGCAUGGAAAAGGCCAUUUGACCCAUCGAGUUCUUACUGACCUGUCCACAUUAAUCCCAUUUACCAGCACAUGUCCUAAUCCAUGGCCUUGAAUGUUUUCCACAUUUUUAAAAAAAGGUUGUGAGGUUUCCCAACUCUAUGAACCUCACAGGCAGCUUCCCAUCAACCUUGGGGUGAACAGCCAUUACUGCUCAUCUCCAGUGAACCUCCCACCCUGCACGUUAUAUUUCUCCCUGCAUUAUUAAUGUCUCAACUAAUAAUGGGAGCAGUCGUUCAGCUCAUCUCAUAUAACUGCUUCAGGGUUUUAACGAAGCACUUCCGAUCGCGAGCUUGAGAACUAAACUCCUUACACUCAGGUCUCCUUCUGAACAGCUCGGAAUUCUUUCCUUUUAGACCAACUGUUAUUCAGAUCCAGCUUUAGCCAAGUAUCUGCAAACAUUUCCCAAAUGGAUUCCAAAACCUUUCCCUAAGCUUCAACAAGAAUUCCGAAUAUUCGGACUGAAUACUAAUGCACUGUAUUGUUGACUCUGUGCUUGUGAAACUCUCUCACUGUUACCAAAUUCCCAUUACUGUCCAGGAAGGUUCUCUCGAUAGGAGCAAACUUUGUUUUAACUGGCACUCUCAAUAAACCGGCAACCAUUAUAUCCCUGAAACACUGGAAGGUUAUUAUUGUGAUCUCCGCGAUGUCCCAUUACUCAGCUGAGGGUGCCGAUUGUACAGUUGGGAAUGAACCUUAGAGAGCCUGAACAUGAGUAACACAGCAGCACCAAGAAAGCCCUACAGAAAGGCACCGCCUCAGCACCGGGAGAAUCGACAUGAGCCUCCAGUUUUUAGGGAUGAGCUAGCUGACCCAGCAGCCUCAGCUGAGCUGAGUCAGGAGCCACUGUCUGAUGAAGACAGGAUCAGACAGUUACAGCAGCAGAACCAGGAUCUGCGAGAGAAGCUGACUGUCAGCACAAACCGACUGGAGAUAAUGGAAAGUGAUUUUGAAUCAAGUCGCCAUUACCUUGAAGCAGAGCUGAGCCAUGCCAGAGAAGAGAUGGAUAAACUGAAGGACAAGUUCCGCAGAUUGCAGAAUAGCUACACUGCAUCACAGCGAGCUAACCAAGAGCUAGAGGACAAGUUGCAUGCCCUGGUGAAGAAAGCAGAGCUGGAGAGGAAAACACUAGACUGGGAGAUCGUGGAACUAACCAACAGGCUGCUGGAUUCUAAAACCGCCAUUAACAAGUUGGAGGAGUUAAAUGAGCGUUAUCGCCAGGACUGUAACCUCGCCGUGCAGCUCUUAAAGUGCAACAAAUCGCAUUUCCGAACCCACAAGUUUGCUGAGCUUCCCUUCGUCCUGCAGGAGAUGGUCAGCAAGCAUCUGGAGUCGACCGAACACGUGGAAUCAGGGCAGGAGCCAAACUCAGCUCUUGGCUCGUCUGACGUGGUGCCUGCUUCGGUCAUUGCCCGGGUUUUGGAGAAACCGGAGCCACUGGUUCUCAACUCUGCCAAAUCCAGCAGCAGCAGUGAGCCGCUGGCAGAAGAUGUCUUUGUUCAUGUGGACAUGAGCUGUGAGGCUAAUGGUGUGAAGACUUCAGGGAAAGGGGGGGAUCAGCUGGAAACGGCAGGAGAGAAGCCUCCAAACGGCGUGUGCAAGCGGCCGAUUAACACUGACAGGGCACCAGCUAGAACUGCCACCUUUGAGAGACUUGACCCAUAUCCCACUCCACCUCAGAAUCUUUUCCCUGGACGUAAAGCUGUCAUUGAAUUCUCUUCUGAUGAUAAGGUGAAAAUACCAAAGGAUAGUCCCUUAGCAAACUGCACGUAUGCUACCAGACAGGCCAUCUCACUCAGGCUGGUCCAGGGAGGGGAGGAGAGGCUAGAACGUUGGAGAAAUCCAGCGAGUAGCCCAUUGGGUGAUAGGAGGAGGGCAGGGCAGAUAGAUAGUGGGCAGUAUCACGGUCCAAGUUCAGGCCCAUCCAGAGGACCAGAAAGUGAGCUUAGAUCUGCCCAGUCCAGUCCUUUCAAUAGCCCACCUCAAAUUUCAAGUUCAUUUACCAGCUCGACAAGUUCCGAAGAGGAUCUCCUUGUAAAUUGGCAGAGGAUGUUUGUGGAUAAAGUUGCCCCUUCUCCUGAAAGACUGAUUGCCUACCGAACCUCUCUGAGCAGUGAGAUGAUCCAGGAGUUUCAGAAUAACCUGGCCAGCAAGAUGAACCUGUCAGAGAGACACCGGGCUCAUUCUGACGGAGAGGAAUCCAGCCACAGCUACAGCUGCACAAUAAGUCGUGAUUCCAGCCUAGAUACAGACAGCACAGAUUCCAGAGUGCACAAAGGGAACCUCCUGGAUUAUGGCAGUGAAUUCUCUCCUGAGGAACAGGAAAAACUACUGCAACCUGAAGGUAGCAAUCAAAUGAGCCUCCAAGCCAGUCCCUUCCACAAGCAGCUCGAGUAUGGGGAUCCUGUCCCUGCAAGUGGCUCCCUGGAAGAGAGAGAGAGAUUACUUCAUGGCAGCCAGGCCACUGUGCUGGAUGAACUGGAAGAGAUCGGGAAUCAACCAUCGAUGGCAUCAGCAGGGCGGCAACAGAGGAGCCCCAAAAGGAUGGGUGUCCAUCACUUGUUGCGUAAGGACAGUUUAACAAGGGCCCAGGAGCAGGGCACUCUGCUCGAUUAAAUACAUUCAGAUUAACACCGACAACCUCGAUGCAGCUGCCAGCUGCUGCAGUGUUCAGCUGUCUAACAGUUCCAAACUGUUCAGCGGAAAUUCACCAAGUAUUCCUGAGACAUUUUCAUAAAGAUGGACAAAAAUAUAGAAAUCAGCUACUGCUUUUCAGCUGGACCCGGACUCAAAGACAAUAUUUCAGUGUUUUCUAAGGAAACCAUAUUGUAAUUAAUUAAAUCAUAACCAAAAGAAAUCCAAAUUUUUGAGCAGAACUCCUGUCAAACGAUGGUAGUUGAAUUACCAGCACGUGGUGUUUGUGUGUGUGGGAGUGUCAGGGUGUGUGUCUGUGUGUGUGGGAGUGUCAGGGUGUGUCUGUCUGUGUGGGAGUGUCAGGGUGUGUGUGUAGGUGUGCCGGGGUGUGUGGGAGUGUCGGGGGGUGUGUUGGUGUGUGUGUGUGGGAGUGUCAGUGUGUGUGUGUGGGAGUGUCAGGGGGUGUGUCUGUGUGUGUGGGAGUGUCAGGGUGUGUCUGUGUGGGAGUGUCAGGGUGUGUGUGUGUGUGUGUAGGUGUGCCGGGGUGUGUGGGAGUGUCGGGGUGUGUGUCUGUGUGUGUGGGAGUGUCAGGGUGUGUGGGAGUGUCAGGGUGUGUAUGUGUGUGUGGGAGUGUCGGUGUGUGUGUGUGGGAGUGUCGGUGUGUGUGUGUGGGAGUGUCGGUGUGUGUGUGUGGGAGUGUCGGUGUGUGUGUGUGGGAGUGUCAGUGUGAGUGUGGGAGUGUCAGUGUGAGUGUGGGAGUGUCGGGGUGUGAGUGUGGGAGUGUCGGGGUGUGAGUGUGGGAGUGUCGGGGUGUGAGUGUGGGAGUGUCGGUGUGUGUGUGUGGGAGUGUCAGUGUGAGUGUGGGAGUGUCAGUGUGAGUGUGGGAGUGUCGGGGUGUGUGUGUGGGAGUGUCGGUGUGUGUGUGUGGGAGUGUCAGUGUGAGUGUGGGAGUGUCGGGGUGUGAGUGUGGGAGUGUCGGGGUGUGUGUGUGUGAGAGAGUGAGUGAGUGAGUGUCGGGGUGUGUGUGUGGGAGUGUCGGUGUGUGUGUGUGGGAGUGUCGGUGUGUGAGUGUGGGAGUGUCAGUGUGAGUGUGGGAGUGUCAGUGUGAGUGUGGGAGUGUCGGGGUGUGA